AUGGCUCUCCCCGGGUGCGUGCGCUCUCUCCGGGCCGUGCUACGUCAGGUCUGGCCGCUGAUCGUGCUGGAGGAGCUGGGCAGUAGUUUCUUCGACACCGCGCUUCAGAUGGUGGUUUUGGAUCGUUCCGCUGGUACCACCACGGACCCAGACAACCACGCAUCCAGCGAGAGCCAGCAAAUCUUCAUCACCAACUUCCACAUGAUCUUCAACCUCAUCGUUAAAUUCACUCCCAUAAUCCCCGCGCUGCUCCUGGCGCGCCUGGGGGACCGAGGCUGGAGGCGCCUGCCGCUCAUAGUGCCUCUGGUGGGGUAUCUUGUGCCCAGGCUGGUGCUAAUGCUGGUGGUCAUCUUCAACCUGGACAUACGGCUGAUGUACGGAGCUGGCGCGCUCUUCGGCCUCUCCGGGGGGUUCGCAGCGUAUUGGCCCGGGGUCAUGACGCUGGUGUCACUGGCAUACGCUGAGUCUGACCGCUCCAAGGGCCUGAUGCUGGUGGAGCUGCUCUAUGGGAUGGCCGGCCUGGUGGGCAGUCUGGUUUCGGGACAUCUCUUCCAGCUGUACACCUCCAGUCUCAGAGAUGGAAUCGUCCUGUUGAUUGUUAGUUUCAUUCUGGCCGUGCUGAGUCUGCUGCACGCUCUGCUGCUGCUACAGGUGACAGAAGUUUCCAACAGAGUAGAAGAAGAAGAUGAAACCAGUGGCCUCAUCCCUCCGUCGGUUUACUUAGACAGACCCAUUCAGAGAAACCUCCCCAACAUCUCUCUGCUCUUCAUAGCAGCCAUCUUUUACACCUCUUCUGUGGGCGGGGCCAUUAAUGUGCUGGGGGCCUACGUGCUUAAAGAGCCUUUGAGCUGGAAUGCCACACAGGUGGGCUAUGGGAAUGCGGCUGGCUGUUUGAUUUUCCUCACCAGUUUCUUGGGGGUGAAGGUGUUGCGUCCUUUUGUCAGUGAGACCAGUCUUAUAAUGAUCGGUAUGCUGUCGUUUACCGCUGGGAUUUACUUCAUGUCCUUUGUCACCGCGACAUACAUGUUUUAUCUGGCUCGCUCACUAAACCUGUUGGCCCUCAUCCCCAUGCCCAUAAUAAGAUCUCUGCUUUCUCAGCAAGUCCCAAAAUCUUCCUGCGGUAUGACCCUCACCACGCUGCAGGUGGCGCUGAAGUUUGCAGCUGCGGCCUACAUCCCCGCCUCCACUAAGAUCUACCAGAACACUCUGGACUGGUUCCCUGGGUUUGUCUUCACCCUGUCCAGCGUCUUCUCUGUGCUGGCCAUGAUACCCAUCAGCAUCGUGGGCUGCCGAACCCAAGAGGAGGAUAGGUAUGAGGCUAUCCAAGGUGACUGA